AUGCCGGGGGACUGGCUUUUGGUGGCGAGCGGCGGCGUGUGGGACGCGUUCAGCAGCGUCGAGGUCGUGCGGCGACUGUGCAAGAGCCAGGCGCAGGACGAGCUGGGCAGCAGGUUGGCCACGUUCCUGACGCAGUGCGUCGCACAGCCCAGCGCAAUCGGCAACCUGACGAUCGCCGCGGUGGAGCUGGGCGCGGCCCCGCACCGGCUCGCGCCGGUGCUCUCCGUCAUGCCUUUCGGGUACGCGGUGGCGGCCGACCGCGAGACGCUGGCGCAGUACGGCGCCUUCUGCCGCCGGUUCGGCCGCCUGCUCGAGAAGCAGAGCAGGGCGGGCCGCAGCGUCGUGUCCAUGAGCGCGGUGGCGCUCCCGGAGGGCCCCGCGGCCUUCGCGCUGCGCCUGGCGCCGCCGCCCCCGCCGCAGGGCGCCGUGCGCCUGCCGCUGCAGCUGCCCCUGGAGGAGUCGGGCACCGGCAGCGUCGCGAACACCAGAGAGGCGCUGGUGGUGAGGUCGGUGACCGACGACGGCGGCGAGCGGGCGCCGCUGCUGGGCUGCGGCGCCGCGGCGGGCCUGCUGCUGUGCUGCGGCGGGCGGCCUACCGCGCCCGCGGCGCUCGGACAUAUGCGAUGGCGUCAGCCGCCGAUGCCGCUGUUUCACGGGGGGUUCUCGUUGCGGCUGCUUGCCAGUCCACGCGACGUGCUGCGGGCGCCCAGGGUUCGCGGCGACCUUCCCGCGCCCCUGUCAGACUCAGCGGGUCAUUCGAGCGCUCACGACCUGCCGCGGUCGCUCGGGGUUCCUUCGGACCUGGCUGACGUGGCCGACAGUCAGCACACGGAGCGCGAGGCGCAGUCCCCGUUUUCACCCCUCGUGGACUUCCGCUGGCUGUCCGCGCAGGGCGAGUACCUGAAGGAGCUGCAGGCCGCGACACCUCGCGCCUUCCAGCGCGCCGCCCGCCUGGGCCGAGCCCGCCAAGUGCUCGGGGUCGCGGAGGGCGCCCACAGGGACGCGAUCGAGGGCUCGUUCCGGCGCCUCUCGGUCCCGUGCCGCCCCGACAAGGCACCCGCGGGGUUGACAGCUGCCGAAGCGGUCCAGCGGUGGAAGGACUUGCGCGACGCGAAGUCCCUGCUGCUGAAGGCGGCGGCGCAUCAGUCGGCGUCCGCCGUGCUCGCGCCUCCGCAGGCGAGCCAGCCGUCCAGCAUCCUGCCGCCCCUGGGGUUGGCCAGUCUCGAUGAGGGCGCAGGCUCCGCCGAGGUGGCCGCAGGUGACGUCAGGGGAGCUUGCGCCGAGGCUCCCCAGAGGACCCUGCAUCUGGCCCUCGAGUGCCUCCUUAUGGCGCUCGAGCAGGGCGCAAGCUCCGCCGAAGUGGCCGCAGGGGACGUCAUGGGAGCGUGCGCCGAGGCUCCCCAGACGACCCUGAAUCGGGCCCUCGAGCGCCUCAUUUUGGCGCUUCGGCAAGGCGCAAGCUUCGCCAAGGUGGCCGCAGGGGACGUCAUGGGAGCGUGCGCCGAGGCUCCCCAGACGACCCUGAAUCUGGUCCUCGAGUGCAUCCUUCUGGCGCUUCAGCAGGGCGGAUUCGACGAGGACCUCUACGCCAGCAUGGCCUCGUCGAUGCGGGCCGUGGGCGAGCCCCCCGAGCUGCUCGGCGGCCUGCUGGCCUGCGCCUGCUUUGCGGCCUUCGGCGGCGGCCGCGCCGGCAGCCAGCGUGCCGCGGAGGAGUUCGCCAGCGCCUGCGCGGGCAUGGCCGUGAACAGGCCCACGCGCGAGGCCGGGGCCUCGGUCCUGGACUCGCUGCAGGCGCUGGAGGCCGCGCCCGCCGCCCCGGACCGGCUCGACCUGGGCUUCGCGAAGGCAGCCGGGGUGAGUCCAGAGUCUCUCUGCAUGCACCUCCACGUCUGGCGGGCUCUCCAGAUGCCGCGCUACAAGGGCUCGACGGCGUCUCCGCGGCGAGGCGCUCCGUGGUCCUCCAGAUGCUGCGCAGGGCCGCGCCCGGCCGACACGCGGAGGCGGAGGCGUGCGCGCGGGCUCUGGAGCUGCGCCGCCCGGCGGUGA